AUGGAGUUACUACAAAGGCUCAUGAAACUUAUGAUUCACAUAUUACUAAUUGUUGUCAUUCAUGCCCAAACCCACCCCGUUAAUUCUUCCUCCUACGCCUCUAUCUCAGCCGUCGAUGACAUCAUCGCCGGAGGCACAAUGAAAUCUCCUAUGGAUUUACCGGUACGACGGAGAGAGCUUCGCGGUGGAGGCGGAGGCAGAGGCGGGGGAGGUGGCCAUGGCGGCGGCGGCGGCGGUCGAGGGAGUGGCAGAGGUGGCCGUGGCUUUGGUGGCGGCGCUGCUGCUGGAAGAUCGGCAGGAAACGGUGGUUACCGACAUAACCACGGCGGAGCUAUCAGCUGUCUCUUAGCCGUGUUGAUGGGUUGUUUGGUUCUUUUGUGUUUAGGCCUUUGA